CGAUAGAAAUUAUUUCCCGUUCAUCUGUCAGAACAUUUCUGUGCGGCGUACACGGGAAAAAAGAACGAACGUAAAAACUAAAUACGAACACGAUUUGAUCGAAUUUUUGGGUAACUAAUAGUUUGCACAUAAUAGUGUCGUCUCUACGGGUGCAAGAAAAUUUUUCAAACGAGUCUCUAUGAGUCUUCCUGUGUCAAAACGAAGCAAAGAGAGCGCGAAUAUCGAAACUCACGAUAUGGAUGUUUCCAAAGAAGCAAAGUCGAUAAUCGACAAAAUUUUGGGUGAUGUCAGUAAAACAUCAGCUACUAAGCAAAUUGUCAUUGGCACAGCAUCAGGAUGGGCAACCGGUUUUCUGACGAUGAAGGUUGGCAAGGUUGUGGCCUUCGCCGUGGGAGGUGGAAUAAUAGUUCUCCAGGUCGCAGCUCAUCAGGGCUACAUUAAAAUCAAUUGGGACAAAAUUCAAAAAAAAGCGGACAAAAUUACAGACAAAGUGGAAGAAAAAAUCACCGGCGAAGGUCCCAAAUUCAUGGACAAGGUUGAGAGGUUUGUGGACAAAAAGCUGGAUAAAGCGGAGCAGCUACUAAAAAAUGGCGAAUCGCGCACCAGGCGUUGGUAUUAUUCGUUAACGGGUGACGAGACCUUUAGGCCAAAGGAAAUACAUUUCUUUUUAGCCUCGUUCGCGGCUGGUCUCGCGAUUGGCUUCGCUACUGCCAACUAGGUGACGGAUUGCUACAUUUUGAACGUGAGUAAAAAAGCCAGGAUCGAGGAUAAAAAACCUUUGCAGACGAUCGAUCUCGUUGACAAGAAAAAAAUUUCUCAAAUGCCUCUCGUCGCGGACGAAUUCGACAACAUUUUGACCGAGAUGAGAUCCAAAUUUGACGAAAUUUUGCAAUGGGUCAACGAUCGCGUGCGAGAAAUUCUCUAAAAAAAAUAAAAAGCACAAACCAAAUUGCACUGAGCCAAACAACAUUUUAUGAAAAUCUGUCUGAUUCCAAAAAGUCCAUUCAAAAUUCGAGUCCAACGAUUUCACUUUUGUCCAAUCACGAAAAUUUUUUUUAUAUUAAAAAAUUCGACUAAAAAUGGUGUCGAUACGAAAUUAGACUGAAAAGUGGACCGUCGAUCGUUCCAAAAAAAAUUAGCUCAUCCGCUCAUUUUUUAACGAGACUGUGAGCGUCGAAUUAACGAAAAAUCGAAUAAAAACCGAUGAAGUUUCGAAUUUUUACUCGGGGAAAAAGUCAGAAAAAUCUUGGAUUGAAAAUUAGUUUUCGUUGGAAUUAAAAAAAGUAGAUUCGAUCAUGCCACGACGAUGCUGAAAAUUUGACGUUUCAUUCGACUUUUCGCUGCAUCAACAAUUAGGCUUUUUUUCAAAGAGACUUCGAAACUGGCGAACUUACGAAUUACGUAAACAAAAAUAAAGACCAAGUUUGUCCUUGGUCUUGUACCAAAAAAGACGAAAAAUAUCGUUUUUUUUUUCCUACGAAAGUAUUUAAAAAAAAAAGGAAAAAAAAAUAAGAAAUUCAGAAUGUAGCAAUUCGGACUCACGUGGUAAACUGCUUAUUAGUAACUGUACCGUUAGAUCCUUCAUAUUUAAUCAUUGAAACGAUAAAUUGAAAAAUGAAUAUCGUAAAAAAAUGGAGCACAAGAGUGACAUUUGGAAAGUACGAAAAAAUUUCUGUUUUCCAAAGAACUCGGAAUCUCUGCACGAAAAAAAUGUGCUGGAAAAAAAAACGAAAAAAAAAAGAAAAGAAAAACUCACCUUUUAGUUCGUACUUACGAUUUUUUGCUAGUCGCUUUUUUGCAUUUUCCAACUCAUUUUUGUUUUUUUAUCGUCACAUUGAUCCUUUUUGUCUCGAACCUUUUUGCCUAGUCCGUAGGUCACACAAUUGUGAAACUCGGACGUACGGGUUAAACCAGUGUAAUCCUUUUCCCGGUAGGAGGAAAAGGAAAUGACAUAAAAUGAUUUCGAAAACGAAAGAAAAUUCUUAGCUCAUAAGUUAUUAUUCUGUACGGAUGUUCUUUGUUAAAUAGUAUUAUUCGUAGAAAUAAGAAUCGAUUGUGCUUUUUUGUUUCUUCAUUAAAAACGAUAACGAACAACAUGAAAAAA